AAUCGUGGUAGAGUAUAUGCAAAAAAUGGCAUUCAGCUCUAGCAGCGAAAUUGCGGUCGGCCCUAACGUUUCCACGAUGAAUCCAACUUCGACUAUUUCGAACAGCAAUAAACCGCAAAAAGUGAAAAUCAGUGCGUUGGACUCGUCCAGACGUAGCAAUUCGGAAGAGAGUGAUUAUGAGCCUUCCCGUGAUCCGAACCGGUACGUGAGACUACGGGAAGAACACGUGGAAGCGGUAGUGAUUCUUAGACAUGGCAGCAUCAUAAGGGAGGAAACGAAGGACGCGGAAGCACUUUCACGAAAUAAUGGGAAAUUGACUUUUAAUUUGACGCCGGAACAGCUCGGAAAUGCGACAAGCUGUAGUGUGGUUUGUGAGGCGAAAAAAUCCAGCUCGGUUGGAAGCAUGUCAUUGGAGGGCAAGGACGGCACAAGAAAGUCUAGCUUGAGAAGAAACUCGCUACGUAGCCAGCAGAGCGAGUUGGAGAAGCAGCUGGUGUUGGAGAACCCAAUGCCUGUUCCACAGCAAGCUGGAAUGUAUGAUAUACCGAAAAAAAUUCUCAUGCCAAUAUGCAGUGAGGAGCGAGAUUUCGUGGAUAAAAGCGAUACUCAAGAUAGGAAAUCUCACAUGAAGUUUGAUGAAAUUCUAACCAUAUUUGACCAAUUCCCAACCGACUUUUUACCUUCAAAGUAUAUUUGCGGCAUUUGCAAACGGUUGUGUAACGACCCUCGUGUGCUAGACUGCCUGCAUAAUUUCUGCAAACGAUGUCUGAUUGAGCUGGAAGCAUCUAGCCACAGCGGAAGCAGCAAUUUCUGGCGACGCAUAAACGAGCAGAGCAGCAGCCUGGAUUUGGAUUCCGACGCCACGGUCUACGAUACCGGCGAUGAAAAUGGACAAAAUGAGAAACUCCCAUCGGCAGCAGCACACGAGUCCACACGUGCCAUUAGAAGUGUUGCUAAUCAUGAAACUUUCAGCGGGGAAUCACGUUUCGAUCAGAUUAGAGCAUCCUUCCAAAGUUUCAAGGAAAAAAAUUGUUUGAAAUCACCGUCGAAGGAGAAGGUUAGGAAAGGAUCAUCUAGAACUAAAUUGAUGAACAGUGACAAGGACAGACUCCUGAUCUGUCCCAACUGUGGCUUUGCUACGGAUAUUCCCCUGGGAGGAGCGAGUCGUCUUCCACCACACUUUGUAAUGGCUCGUAAAAUUGAUGACAUCGUUUCGGCCUGCGAUCCCCCACCAAACAUUUUAUGUGAACUGUGCACCGACGAUGUAACGGCGACAUCGUCCUGUUCGACUUGUUCACUGAAACUGUGCAACUUUUGCAAGGAGGCCCACCAGAGACAGCGCAACACGUCCACUCACAUCGUCCGCACGGUCGCUGAGCUGCUGAAAAAAUCCCGCCGCACCGACCCGGAGGCACGCUCGAUCAAGUGCCCGAUGCAUCCUGAGCAUCAAUUAACAUUAUUCUGCACCACUUGCCAUCAAGUUGUAUGCAAUGAGUGUGCAGCGCACGUUCAUCAGGACCAUAAAUAUACGUCCGCGUUGAAAGCUUGCAAAAUCUACGACAGGUUUGUGAGAAACGCCAUCGAGCAAACCAAACCGAUGGAGGACUACGCCAGGCAGUCUAUCGGACGGCUUAACGAUAUGUCGGUACGGAUCAACAACAAGUGUGAAGCCGUACAGCAAGACGUCGAGGCGUUCAUUGACGAGUACGCCGAAGCCUUGGACGAGCAUCGGAAGAGUUUGCUGAAACAGAUUGAUGACGUGCGGGAGGCAAAGCUCGAGAUGAUUAUCGCGCAGCAGGCGGAAUUGGAGCAACGCUCGCAGAACGCACGUACGGCGAUUGAUUUCGCCGAGGAGAUAAUCAACGAGGGAAAUGAGGUGGAAAAUUUAGUGUUCGUCAGUAUUCUGCUGAAACGCUUGCAGCAUUGUAUCAAAUCGAACCGAACGCUCGACUUCAAAGUGACGGAUACGUUGGAAUUUUUGCCAGAUGAAGUAGCACCGUGUGCGAAAGUGCAGAACCGGAUUGCCCUGUACGGGGUGGUAACGACCCAGAAGGCGGAUCCAAGAAAGUGCACGCUGGAGAAUUGCGUCGGUCUUACGUGCCUCAAGGUACACAAAAAAGUUGAACUAUCGCUCGUCACCAGGGAUUACGAGGGUAAAUCGAUGAAUCACGGCGGGAUUACGGUACACACUGAUCUGCGCUACCGGGGCGAUGAAAGCCGGGUCAUCUCGCUCAGCAUCGUUGACAAAAGAGACGGAUCCUACCGGCUCUCGUUUGUGCCGGAACGGGCAGGUGUUAUGAAUCUGAUGAUUUUCGUUGAUGGGAAAGUUAUUGAGGGCUGUCCGUAUGUGCUGCGAAUUCAUAACUUACGAGCACACUAUGGUGUGUAUCACUGUUGCUCGUUCUGCUCCAGUAACGGAUCGAAGCUGAGCACUUGUGCGUGCGGUAGUGUUAUGCCUGGUGGGUAUCGAGGCUGCGGACACGGUCACGAAGGACAUCCCGGCCAGCGGCACUGGUCUUGCUGUGCCAAUUUCAAGGAGUAUUCCGAUUGCGAGGCUGCGAACGUAAAGAGCAGUAAAGUUGGUUGAAGCAUGUGUCGUGUCGAUUUUUGUUUUUUGUAUGGAAGCUAGGAACAGAGAUAUUAUUUGAUUGGAUGUUUUCUUUAAUCUCACAGAUGAGGUGGUGCAUAUCACAGUAGAUUUGAAAGUGAAACCUUUAAUGUUAUUGUUUGAUAAUAUCUGUAACUGAUGUGAAAAAUAAAAUA